GGGCUUGCUGGAAUGGCCGCCCCCCCACCCCCUUCCCUUCAGCUGGCUGGGAGGGCAGCUUGGAGAGGAAGCCAGGCCGGCAGGUAGCAGAGAAAGACAUCGGAUCCAGGGGGAGCAGCAGAGAAAGCAAACAAACAGGGCUUUGUGUGGCUGCAGAUUGGCGUCUCAGAAGGGAAGCCAGGCCUGUGGUAGUGGGGAGGAGGAGGGACCGGGAGGCCAGGCCAUUGCUCUGGGCCAGAGAUAGGCGGCUGGACCAGCCCAGGCUAGGCGGCCAGGGAGCAGGGAGUGCCACUGUGUGUGGCCAGGCGUCCGGAGUCACAGCCUGGCUGAGUCCCAGCUCUGCCACUUCACUCCUUAACAGCUCUGGGCUUGUUUGCCCACGGAACCUGGGCAGAGUCACUCACAUGCAGGACUCGGGAAGAUAAGUCAUCUGGCCCGACUGGCCGGGCCCAGUCAGUGUGAGUGCCCAUCCUACUCUUGUCCCCUAUUGUUGCUGGGAGAACACAGGGAUCUCAUCUGGCCGCCGCGUUCUGGAAGAGGCAAGGGGGAGAGCGCGCGCAAGAGGAGGAGGAGAGAGACGGCGCGGGGAAAGGGAGACGGCGAGACGCGCAGCGCCGGCGCCCGGGAGAUCCAGGAGGAGCCCGCAGAUAACCAGCCCGAGUCAUGCAGUCUUUUCGAGAAAGGUGUGGUUUCCAUGGCAAACAACAGAACUACCAGCAGACCUCACAGGAGACAUCGCGCCUGGAGAAUUACAGGCAGCCGAACCAGGCCGGGCUGAGCUGCGACCGGCAGCGGCUGCUGGCCAAGGACUACUACAGCCCGCAGCCCUACCCGGCCUACGAGGGAGGCGCCAGCACGGCCGCCGGCCCCGCGCGGGGCGGCAAGGGCCUGGCCUCGCAGCAGUCCCUGCAGGGCAGGCCGGCCUUCUCAGGCUACAGCGUGCAGGACAGCAGCGCGUACCCCGGCCGCUACUCGGGCGAGGAGAGCCUGCAGGCCUGGGGGGCCCCCCAGCCGCCACCCCCGCAGCCGCAGCCCCUGCCAGGGGGCGUGGGCAAAUAUGACGACAGCUUGAUGAAAAAGGCGGCGGUACCCCCUGGCAGGCAGUACCCGGAGCAGGGCGCCCAGCUGCCCUUCCGGACUCACUCGCUGCACGUCCAGCAGCAGCUGCCGCAGCCCCAGCAGCCCCUGGCGUACCCCAAGCUGCAAAGGCAGAAGCUGCAGAACGACAUGGCCUCGCCGCUGCCCUUCCCGCAGGGCAGCCACUUCCCCCAGCACUCCCAGUCUUUCCCCGCUUCCUCCAGCUACUCCUCCAGCGCCCAGGGCGCCCAGGGCGGCAGCGGCGGCGGCCAGGGCGCCCACUCCUAUAAGAGUUGCACCGCGCCGUCCGCCCAGCCCCACGACCGGCCGCUAACGGCCAGCGCCACCCUGGCGCCGGGCCCGCGGGUCCAGAACCUUCACGCCUACCAGUCCGGCCGUCUCGGCUACGACCAGCAGAAGCAGCAGCAGGCGGCGCUUCAGAGCCGGCACCACGCGCAGGAGACCCUCCAUUACCAAAACCUCGCCAAGUACCAGCACUACGGGCAGCAGGGCCCGGGCUACUGCCAGCCGGACGCGGCCGUCAGGACUCCGGAGCAGUACUACCAGACCUUCAGCCCCAGCUCCGGCCACUCGCCCGCGCGCUCCGUGGGCCGCUCGCCCUCCUACAGCUCCACCCCGUCGCCGCUGAUGCCCAACCUAGAGAACUUCCCCUACAACCAGCAGCCACUCGGCGCCGGCGCCUUCCCCGCAGGCAUCACGGACCACAGCCACUUCAUGCCCCUGCUCAACCCCUCCCCGACCGAUGCCGCCGGCUCGGUGGACAGCCAGGCGGGCAACGGCAAGCCGCCGCCGAAGGACAAGCUGCCUGAGAACCUGCUGUCGGACCUCAGCCUGCAGAGCCUCACAGCCCUGACGUCCCAGGUGGAGAACAUCUCCAACACAGUGCAGCAGCUGCUACUGUCCAAGGCCGCCGUGCCGCAGAAGAAGGGCACCAAGAACCUGGCGUCCAGGACGCCGGAGCAGCACCGGAGUCAGCACUGCAGCCCCGAGGGCAGCGGCUACUCGGCCGAGGCGGCCGGCACGCCGCUGUCCGAGCCGCCGAGCAGCACGCCGCAGUCCACGCACGCCGAGCCGCCGGACGCCGACUACCUGAGCGGCUCCGAGGACCCGCUGGAGCGCAGCUUCCUCUACUGCAGCCAGGCUCGCGGCAGCCCCGCCAGGGUGCACGGCAACUCCAAGGCCAAGCCCGAGUCGGUGUCCACCUGCUCGGUGACCUCGCCCGACGACAUGUCCACCAAGUCCGACGACUCCUUCCAGAGCCUGCACGGCAGCCUGCCACUCGACAGCUUCUCCAAGUUUGUGGCAGCCGAGCGGGACUGCCCGCGGCUCCUGCUCAGCGCCCUGGCGCAGGAGGACCUGGCCUCCGAGAUCCUCGGGUUGCAGGAGGCCAUCGGCGAGAAGGCCGAGAAGGCCUGGGCCGAGGCACCUGGCCCGGCCAAGGACGCCAGCAAGCCUCCCUUCUCACUGGAGAACCACAGCGCCUGCCUGGACGCCGUGGCCAAGAACGCAUGGCCGCGGCCGGGGGAGCCGGAGGCCCUGCCCGAGGCCCUGCAGCUCGACAAGGGUGGCGGUGCCAAGGACUUCAGCCCGGGGCUCUUCGAAGACCCUUCCGUGGGCUUUGCCGCCCCGGACCCCAAGAAGACGGCCGGUCCCCUCGCCUUUAGCCCCAAGACCACGCUCGGGGCCGCCACGCCGGACCCUGCCGCAGCAGCCUUUGACUGCUUCCCGGACACGACCAGCGCCAGCUCGGCGGAUGGCGGCAACCCCUUCGCCUGGCCCGAGGAAAACCUGGGCGAUGCUUGUCCCCGCUGGGGCCUGCACCCCGGCGAGCUCACCAAGGGCCUGGAGCAGGGCGGGAAGGCCUCCGAUGGCGUGGGCAAGGAGAAUGCCCACGAGGUUUCGGGCUGCCCGGGCUUCCAGGAGGGGGAGCCGCCCGGGGACAAGGCCGCCGGGCCUCGGGACUCGGCGCAGGAGGCGGCGGGCGGGGUGAAGGAGGAGGUGGGCGGGCUGCUGCAGUGCCCCGAGGUGGGCAAGGCCGACCGCUGGCUGGAGGACAGCCGGCACUGCUGCUCCGCCGCGGACUUCGGGGACCUGCCCCUGCUGCCACCGCCCGGCAGGAAAGAGGACCUGGAGGCAGAGGAGGAGUACUCCUCCCUGUGUGAGCUCCUGGGCAGCCCCGAGCAGAGGCCCGGCCUGCCGGACCCGCUGUCGCCGAAGGCCCCCCUGCUGUGCACCAAGGAGGAGGUGGAAGAGGUGCUGGACACCAAGACCGGCUGGGGCUCCCCGUGCCACCUGUCCGGCGAUUCCGUCAUCUUGCUGGGCCCCACCGUGGGCGCCGAGUCAAAGGUCCAGAGCUGGUUUGAGUCCUCCCUGUCCCACAUGAAGCCGGGCGAAGGAGGCCCCGACGGGGUGCUGGCGCCCGGGGACUCUGCCACGCUGGCCCCAGAUGCCUCCCUGGCGCAGAAGCCCAACAAGCCGGCCGUGCCCGAGGCGCCCAUUGCUAAGAAGGAGCCCGUGCCACGCGGCAAAAGCUUACGGAGCCGGCGGGUGCACCGGGGGCUGCCGGAGGCUGAGGACUCCCCAUGCCGGGCGCCCGUGCUGCCCAAGGACCUCUUGCUCCCCGAAUCCUGCACGGGGCCCCCGCAGGGACAGAUGGAAGGAGCGGGAGCCCCAGGCCGGGGGGCCUCAGAAGGGCUCCCCAGGAUGUGCACGCGCUCCUUCACGGCCCUGAGCGAGCCCCGCACGCCUGGACCGCCAGGCCUGACCACCACCCCCGCCCCCCCGGACAAACUGGGGGGCAAGCAGCGAGCCGCCUUCAAGUCCGGCAAGCGGGUGGGCAAGCCGUCACCCAAGGCGGCCUCCAGCCCCAGUAACCCGGCCGCCCUGCCCGUGGCCUCGGACAGCAGCCCCAUGGGCUCCAAGACCAAGGAGACAGACUCGCCCGGCACCCCGGGCAAGGACCAGCGCUCUAUGAUCCUGCGGUCCCGCACGAAAACCCAGGAGGCGUUCCACUCCAAGAGGCGGCGGCCCUCGGAGAGCCGCCUCCCCAACUGCCGUGCCGCCAAGAAGCUGCUGGCCAACAACCACCUGCCUGCCUCGUUCAAGGUCUCCGGCAGCCCCCAGAAGGAGGGCAGGGCCAGCCAGCGGGCCCGGCUCCCCAAGCCGGGCGCAGGCAGCAAGCUCUCUGACCGGCCCCUCCACGCGCUCAAGAGGAAGUCGGCCUUCCUGGCGCCCGUCCCCACCAAGAAGCGGAACCUGGUUCUACGGAGCAGCGCGGAGGAUGUGAAGGAGGAGGGAGCCGAGGACCCCUCCACCCUCUUCAAGAGGGUGUCUUCGCCCAAGAAGGCCAAGCCCGCCAAGGGCAACAGCGGCGAGCCUGCCGUGAAGCCCCCGCCCCCAGAGACCCCCGACGCCUGCCUGAAGCUCGCCUCACGGGCAGCCUUCCAGGGGGCCAUGAAGACCAAGGUGCUUCCACCCCGGAAAGGCAGGGGCCUGAAGCUGGAGGCCAUCGUGCAGAAGAUCACCUCGCCCAGCCUGAAGAAGUUUGCGUGCAAGGCGCCGGGGGCCCCUCCCGGUAACCCUCUGAGCCCCUCUCUCCCUGAGAAGGACCGUGGGCUCAAGAGUGCGGGCGGCAGCCCAGUUGGGGCAGGAGAAGGUCUCUUAAAUGUGGGCCCCGGGCAGAAGCUCCCGGCAGCUCCGGGGGCCGACCCCUUAUGCAGAAAUCCGACCAACAGAUCCUUAAAAGGCAAACUCCUAAACAGUAAGAAACUGUCCUCGACUGACUGUUUCAAAACUGAGGCCUUCACAUCGCCCGAGGCCCUGCUGCCCGGGGAGACUGCCCUGGCACCUAAGAAGAGAAGCCGGAAAGGCAGGGCUGGAGCCCUCGGACUCCCCAGAGGUCCCCUGGAGAAGCGGCCCCAUCUAGGCCCGGCUCUGCUCCUGACCCCCCGCGACAGGGCCAAUGGCACUCAGGGGGGCGGUGAGGACAGCUCUGGUGGAGGAGGCAAGAAGCCAAAGACGGAGGAGCUGGGCCUGGCCUCCCAGUCCCCUGAGGGCCGGCCCUGCCAGGCCCAGACGAGGGCACAGAAGCAGCCGGGCCACACCAACUACAGCAGCUAUUCCAAGCGAAAGCGCCUCACCCGGGGCCGGGCCAAGAACUCCACCUCCUCACCCUGUAAGGGGCGUGCCAAGCGGCGGCGGCAGCAGCAGGUGCUGCCCCUGGAUCCCGCCGAGCCUGAAAUCCGCCUCAAGUACAUUUCCUCGUGCAAGCGGCUUCGGGCAGACAGCCGCACCCCGGCCUUCUCGCCCUUUGUGCGGGUGGAGAAGCGAGACGCGUUCACCACCAUAUGCACUGUGGUCAACUCCCCUGGGGAGGAGCCCAAGCCCCACAGGAAGCCUUCCUCCUCCGCCUCCUCUUCCUCGUCCUCAUGCUCAUUCUCCUUGGACGCGACCGGGGCCUCCUUGGCCACGCUCCCUGGAGGCUCUGUCCUGCAGCCACGGCCCUCCCUGCCCCUCUCCUCCACCAUGCAUCUGGGGCCCGUGGUCUCCAAGGCCCUGAGUACCUCUUGCCUUGUUUGCUGCCUCUGCCAAAACCCGGCCAACUUCAAGGACCUCGGGGACCUCUGUGGGCCCUACUACCCCGAACACUGCCUCCCCAAAAAGAAGCCAAAACUCAAGGAGAAGGUGCGGCCGGAGGGCACCUGCGAGGAGGUCUCGCUGCCCCUCGAGAGAACACUCAAAGACCUCGAGUGCGCAGCCGCUGUUGCCACUGGCAAGCCCCCGAGGCCCGAGGGCCCGGCCGACCCCGGCAAGCAGGGCUCGCUGCGCACCAGCGCCCGGGGCCUGUCCCGGCGGCUGCAGAGCUGUUACUGCUGUGACAGUCGGGGGGACGGUGGCGAGGAGGCGGCCCCGGCUGACAAGAGCCGCAAGCAUGAGUGCAGCAAGGAGCCACCGGCCGAGCCUGGCGGGGACACCCAGGAACACUGGGUGCACGAGGCCUGCGCCGUGUGGACGGCCGGGGUCUACCUGGUAGCCGGGAAGCUCUUUGGGCUGCAGGAGGCCAUGAAGGUGGCCGUGGACAUGACCUGUUCCAGCUGCCAGGAAGCCGGGGCCACCAUCGGGUGCUGCCACAAAGGAUGUACCCACACGUACCAUUACCCGUGUGCCACGGAUGCAGAGGGAAGACGACACACUGAGGAUCUCCCCCCAGACGCUGGCUCCGAGUGCAGAAACUCAGGGGCACUUUGCAGCCUGAGUUUGCAGCUUCUGGCCGGGGCUGGUCGGAAAAAAAGGGGAGCCAGCUGCAGGCCUGGAGCCUUCCCAACCCUGCUCUCGGGCCUGCGGAUCUGCCCUUGCCUCCCCGCCCUGCCUACCAGCCACCACGCUGUCGCGAUGCCACGGCACAGAGCCACAGCGUUGCAUAUUCAUCGAAGAGAACUUUUCUUUGAAGUGUCCCAAACAUAAGAGGCUGCCGUUGUAAUCCACCCCAGCGGCCGGAGAAGCCGCCGAAGCCCGCCUGCCCGCCCGCCGCCGAAGGAGAGGAGCCGCCUGCGCAGCCCCCGGGCCUUUGAGCUGCUCCCCGCGCGGGUCCAGAGCCGAUCCUUGAUCCGGACUCCGGAUCUUGGAUCUGGCCGCCUAGGGCUGAAACUUGCGGUCCCGGGUUGGGAAGAAAACACGUUCCGGAGCCGCCUGCUCCCGGAACAGGACGACACAGGACGUUCCCGCCCACACCCCCCAGGGCCAGGCUUGGAGAGGGGGAGCCCGCGGAGCGGCCAGACUCCCUGGGGCACCAAGGCCCCGGCGGGGAUUGGAGACGCCUUUAGCCUGGGGACACGCUUCUCCCCCUGGUAGUUCCAAGAGGACGUGGCACACAUUCCACGUGGGUGCUGCCGCCACCGCAGCCGGCGCGGCUUGCAGCUAGGGGCCCUGGGGGUGGGGGUGGGGGUCCAAAGGGCCCUGGAAGUGGCCAGGGCGGCUCCAGGCUCCGAGGCGGGGGGGCUGGGGGUGGGGGUAGGGAGGGAGCCGAAGCCUUGCUGGAGAGGACUAGGCCGGCGGGGUAGGAGGCCGGAGGCUUUGGAAGGAACCUUUCGAAUCGUGUCCUAGUGCCCUUCCCACCCACCCAGCCUCGGCCAACACUUUCGAGCGGUUUGGGGCAGAGCCUGGGGAGUCCGGGACCCAUGCUCAGGGGAUGCGGGCUCCCCGGGUGUGGGCGGGACUGGCCCCCGCCCUUUGGCCUCUGUCGUCCCCUUUCCAGUCCUCCGCCCCACCCCUGGAGCGCCGCCUGGAAGGCAAAGGAAGGGAGUGGCGACCAGAGCGCACCUCCGGUGGAUGCGUGACCGUCCCUCUGCACGACCACCCGUCUCCAGGGACAGCAGCGCCCACCCGGCACGGGAGCAGAGACAGCGCUAGAUUCGUGUACAAACCUGUGUACCCCUCUAUAUAUAUGUUACAUAGAAUGUAUAUAUGUUGGGAACAUGCUCGCUUCUCCCGUGUGUCGCCGCCGCCGUGCGUCGUGCGUCCCUCAGCACGGGGCCCUUGCCGGGAAGGGGGCUACGGCGAUGCCCGCCCUCCCGGCGCAGCCACCACCGGCCCAAGCCAGUCCCCGCCAGUCCGUCCGCCUGUCCGUCUGUGUCCUCAGCUCUGUCCACGCUUCGAUAGGCCUGACGCAGCCCCCACACUGGGGCCGCCCUAGCAACUUCCUGUACAUAUGACUGUAAAAUGGUAAACGUGUGUAUUAUAUCUGGCCUCGUUAUAUAGUGUAUAUAUAUGUAUACAUAUACAUAUAUAUAAUAUAUAUGAAGACUGUAAAUGUUAAGACGACUAGUGUUCUUAUUAGUAUAUUGCUUCACACUGAAGAUUGUGUGUAUCGAGCUGUUUCUAAAAGAUGUUUAUUUUCCUUAAGAGUAAAAAACAGUCAUUGCAUUCAGAAAAAAAAAAGUCAAUAAAGAUACAACGAUUGUUUUGGAA